UUCGUUUCAAAUUUAGUUGGCGCCAAUGCGAAUACACGAUAUAAAUGGGUGGGAAAAUAAAAAUAAAAUAAAGUUCUCCUUCCAUCGUAAAUGUAAAGGCACUUUAAUUUAAAGUAUAUCUUAAAUAUGGAGAAGAGAGUGAAAUUUUAAGUGAAAAACUUAAAUACUAUUUUAUCAUUAAUAGGAGGAACACAUAUAUAUUUUUUUAAAAAGAAGUGUAAUAGCAUUUUGUUGUAGUGGGGGAUAAAAGUUGAUCGAAUAACAACACAAACUUAUCAAUUUUUUUGCAAAUUAAUUAUUUUUAGAACCAGAAAAGUAAAUUCUGCCUACCAAAACCUUAAAUACCUUCACACAUCAUACAAUUUGACUCCAUUAAACCAAAGUUUGAUCUCAGAUAAAGAUGGAUCAUCAAUUGCUCCCUUUUUACUAUUGAAUACUGGUCCAGUGGGUGUUCAUGCUUGUUUUCAUUUGAAAGAUGCAAUUUUAGAGGGUGAGAUACCAUUCAACAAGGCCCAUGGGGUGCAUGCAUUUGAAUACCAUGGAAAAGAUAGUAGAAUGAAUGGAUUAUUCAACAAAGCUAUGCAAAAUGUCACUUGCAUUGCAAUGAAGAAAAUUGUUGAGUGUUACAAUGGAUUUGAAGGAGUAAAAGAGACAAUAGAUGUGGGAGGUGGACUUGGAAUAUCAUUAGCUUCUAUAAUUUCCAAAUAUCCUAAUAUCAAGGGCAUUAAUUUUGACCUACCUCAUGUCAUCAAAGAUGCCCCUACUUAUGAAGGUAUAGAGCAUGUUGGAGGAGACAUGUGGGAUAGUAUUCCUCAAGGGGAGCUCAUCAUACUGAAGGGGGUAUUUCAUAGUUUGGAUGAUGAAGAUUGUGUGAAAAUACUGAAGUAUUGUUGGAGAGCAUUGCCAAAUGAUGGUAAAGUAGUUGUAAUUGAACAAAUACAGCCAGAAUAUCCAGAGACUAAUCUUCUCUCUAAGCAUUUAUUUACUUUAGACAUAUCAAUGAUGAUUAUGUUUCAUGGAGGCAAAGAAAGAACAAAGCAACAAUUUGAAGAUUUGGCUAAACAAGCUGGAUUUACAUCUAUCAAAGUUGUGGCUCGAGCAUAUUAUUCUUGGCUCAUAGAACUCUACAAGUAUUAAAUUACCUAUACUUUCAUUCAUUUCUGAUAUAAUAAAACUCUCUUCGUCCUAAUUUAUGUGAUACUGUUCGAAUUGUGAGAGUCAAACUUUUUGAUUUGAUCGUAAAUUCAGGCACAUAUAGAAUCUUUAAAUACUUAGAAACUAUAUAUGUCAAAUCACGAUCAAAAUAAAAUUUUGUUUGAUUGUCAAAAUUCAGAAAGGGAUAUAUAAAUUAAAACGAAAGAAUUAAUUGGUUUAUGUAUUUGUUAAACUAUUUCCAUUUAUGUUUGGUUGUUCGAUAUUGCUCAUGUAACAAGAUUUUCCUUGAAUAAAAUAAGGUCCAAAUAA